AUGGCGGCGCCCAUGGACGAAAAACCGUCAAGAAGUAAACCCACUAAAUUACCACCAGAAAUUGAUCUAACGUCUCCUCAUUUUGAUGCAGCGAAAGCCCUAUUCUCAAGUCAUGUACUUUUGCCAUUUUCAUCUGCAAAACCACUUGACAAUUUAGCAAAAUUUGAGAGUUGGUCUAAACAGUCUUCGAAAAAAGAGGCCUCUUUCAGUCAUGGAAAUCCACCAAGUCCACGCAAGCCGAUACGAGCUGUGCCGGUGAGUCGGAAACCCCAGCAGCAACCAGCUUCCACUGAAUUAUCCAAACAUUCUGGAAGACACAGGAAUAAACUCAACAGAAAUGUGAUUACACGAAUGAAUGCAUAUCAAAAGGGACCUUUAAAUUUCCUGAGGGAGUGUGUGGAAAAGCGACAUGUUGUGAAAGUUUGGACAAGAGGUGCAUGUGAACUUAGAGGUUUCUGCACUGGUUAUCUUGUGGCAUUUGACAAAUACUUCAACCUGGCAUUGAUGGAUGUGGACGAAACCUACAGAAAACCAGUGAGUCGUGAUAAUCGCAUACAAAAACAUACAGAGAAAGUACAACUGCUGGAUGUUCCUGAUCCUCAGAAGGGAAAGCUGCUUGCUUACACCGAGGAACCAAGUAUUACACAGAUUACCUUCACCUCUCAGCAACAAUCAGUCAGUGAUUCCGUAGACAGUAAUGUGAAUGCUAUGGAAAAUCUGAAAAUCACAAAUAAGGGAAAGUCACAAAAAACUCCCAACUCAUCAGAAGAAAAGGACAGUAUAUCUUCUGUCAGCCAUUGUGUAGCUAGUACCACAACUGAUCGUGAAAAGUUAAUGCAGACCAAGUGUUCUCAGGACAUGCACCAAGAAAACGAAGAAAACAAAAAAGUUCCUGGGCAUUUAGAUAAGCUCUCUACCGAUUUAAGUGAGAGACAAAAUGAUGAAAGUAGGUCAGAUAAACAGACAAAGAAAGAAAAUAAAUUUUGUAAGAAAACAGAAAUCCAGAGUAAAGAUAAGGACAAGAUAUUAUCAUCAUUUGAUGCUGCCAAGGUGGCAAAGGUGUGGCAGGACACAGUGGCUAGAGAUAAAUCAAAACCUCCACUCAAACUCAAGUUCAGACAUGUUAAUCAGGUGUUUAUCAGAGGAGAUAAUGUAGUGUCUGUUAGCCUUGUGUACAAAUAAUUCUUCCUGUUAAUAAAUUGUUAUGUUUACACA